AUGACAAACCUGCUGCAAUCUCUCCAGAGCUGGACCCGAGCUCUCGACGACAGGCACGCGGUCCACAUAGCCUUCAUCGACUUCCAGAAGGCGUUUGACACUGUGCCAAACCAAAGGCUCUUACAUAAGCUGAAGAAAAUAGGGAUCAGUGGCAACUUCCUUAAAUGGAUCGAAAACUUCCUUGUGGGUCGACACCAGGUUGUGUGCGUCGGUCGGGGAAAAUCAGAUCCGGCUAUGGUCGAUAGUGGUGUCCCCCAGGAUUCAGUUCUGGGACCCAUUUUGUUCCUUAUCUACGUGGACGAUGCCGCAAGAGAUUUAGACUGUGAAGUAGCAAUGUUUGCGGAUGACAUGAAGAUAUGGAGUGUAAUUCGGGGUCCUGCCGAUGAAGACAGACUGCAGAUGAACCUGAAUCGGUUGGAGGAGUGGUCAAACCGUUGGCUCCUGCGGUUCAACGUUGCCAAAUGUAGCAUACUUCGCCUAGGCAACACAGCCAGAUCCGCCAGCACAAGAGGCUACUUUCUGGGCGGUGCAGCCCUACAAGAGGUCGAAGCCCAAAUGGACCUCGGUGUGCUUACGACGAGUUCCCUAAAACCAUCCGCCCACUGUUCGAGGGUGGCGAAAACCGCAAUGUCUGUACUGUACGCUAUCAAGCGUGCGUUUAUUGACUUUGACGAAGAAGCUUUCUCUAAGACAUUCGGAACAUUCGUCCGGCCGCAUUUAGAGUACGGCAUACAAGCUUGGAGGCCGUGGGCUGUUGAGGAUCAAAACUGCCUCGAAAGAGUCCAGAGGAGAGCCACGAAGAUGGUUAGGGGUCAAAGCUCCUUUCCUUAUGCAACCCGCCUAGUAAAUCUGAACCUCUUUCCUUUGAGUUACAGGCAACUUCGCGGAGAUCUCUUGCAAGCCUUCCGCAUUGUAAAGGGGUUGGAUUGCAGUCUGGCCUUCGAGGACUUUUUUGAAUUUGCUACCACGACCAACCUCCGAGGUCACCCGUUAAAACUGCGCACUCAGCAGGCACGGCUGGAUGUGCGGAAGUUCUCCUUCUCGGUUCGGGUGAUCAAACCAUGGAAUGAGAUUCCCGCAGAUGUUUUGAUGUCACCAUCUAUACAAAGUUUUAAGAAGAAUCUGGACAUAUUUAUGUUCCGAAAUGACCAAGAGUGA